AGUCUCUUAUGUACUUUUGAGUUUGGAGAUAUGAUCAUGGCCGGCGUCCCUCUUAAAUUCUCUUUCCUUCAGAAGAAUUUCAGUCUCUUCUGUACAGUUUGAAGAUAUGAUCAUGAUGUCCUCUCUAAUGGGUGAUUCUGCAAAGAGUUCAAGUCUUAAUCUUGGCUUUGAAGGAUAUGAGGGGGUGAGAAUGGGAUUUGGGCCAAGAAGCUAAUUUUCCCACAUUGGCUGUGUACGUAAUUUUGUUAAUUUGCUUCAAUGUGUGUACAAAGUUAAUGAUUAGUUGACUUCUUUCAUGAAUUCUGACUUUCAGUUCUGCAAUUUGCCUCAAUAUUUCUCUUCUGAGCUUUGAGAUAUUGAGAUUGAUGCUUCAAACUAAUUCCUAAGGGAUAGGCCCAAUGGCCCUUGUACAUAAUUUCAACCCCUAGUUCCAUAAGGAUUUGCUGAUAUGGAUCUCCUAGAGAUAUUUAAUUUGGAAUGUUAACUCAUAUUACUUGUGUCUUCUUCAGUCAAUUUUAUCACCAAAUUAACAGACUGUUAUUUCAUACAAGUAGUUCCUGUACAAGUUUAGAAUAGAGGAGUCUACCGAGAUCUGUUUCUAUUUCAGAUUAGGUCCUCAUUAUUUCAUUAAUAACAGAAAUGGAUUCCUCAAGGGCAAAUAGGUAAUGCAGAUGACUCUGUUUAGCAGUCCACAGAAAUUGACAGCUAUUUUAGCCUUGCAACAUUGGAUUAUUCUUCUGCCAAACAUAUGAACUAAAUCAACUAAAUUAAUACUGAUAACAAUUUUAUAAAUCACCAAACAUUGGUAAUUUAAUUUGCUAAUAGUAAUACAGAAUUUUCUGUGAAAUGAUGUGUCGAUGAUUCUGGAUCAGGUUUGAUUACAUUACUGAAAAAUUUCUUGUAAACAUAUGACUGAUAUGAGUAGACCUUCUUCUAAAAGGAAGAAAAAUCCUGCAUAACACUAUUCAGUCACAAUAUGGACCGAGUGUGUAUGUCAGCUGAGGUCAUAGCAGGAUAUCUUCUUGUAAAACUGUAUAUAACUAUAUAUAGCUAGCUGCCAGGCUCUCUUAUCUCUUUGACUCCCAACUUCUAAAACCUCUAAACCUUGAGCUCGAGUGAAGAUGCAGGCCUCCAUUUGCAUUCCAACUUCAUCAACCUGUCUGUCCCGUCACUCUCUUCUGAAACCUAUCACAAACCCUCUUCUGGGUCAUUCUCUGUCUUCAAAACCAUGCUUGUCUCUGAAUAGAAGAGCUUCUUUCACCACCAAAGCAGUUCUGUCGACCACUAAAGAAGCAGUCUUGAAAGAUUUUCAUGAACGCAGAGCUCUCAAGAUUAUUUCAGGUCUGCAGAAUUUCGACAAAGAAAAUGUUGCGUCAGUCAUCACUGCUGCAGAACAGGGAGGAGCAACCCAUGUGGAUAUAGCUUGUGACCCUGAGUUGGUGAAGCUUGCUAUUAGUCUAACUUCUCUUCCGGUUUGUGUUUCAUCUGUAGAUCCAGCGGCAUUUCCAGCUGCCGUUGAAGCAGGAGCACUGAUGGUUGAGAUUGGAAACUAUGACUCGUUUUAUGAGAUGGGUGUGAUUUUCACUCGAGACCAGAUAUUGAAUUUAACAAAGGAGACCAAGAGAAUUCUUCCAUCUGUGGCCUUAUCAGUCACUGUACCUCAUACACUGAGCCUUCCAGACCAGGUCAAGCUUGCAGAGAUGCUAGAGCAGGAAGGUGUAGACAUCAUCCAGACUGAAGGAGGAAAAUGUUCUAACCCCUCCCAAUCCGGUGUUCUUGGUUUGAUCGAGAAGGCUUCACCAACAUUAGCAGCAGCAUACUCGAUAUCGCGGGCAGUCAGGAUUCCUGUCAUGUGUUCAUCUGGACUGAGUGCAGUUACAGCACCAAUGGCCAUAACUGCAGGAGCCGCUGGUGUGGGCGUGGGCUCAGCAGUUAACAAGCUCAAUGAUGUAGUUGCGAUGAUUGCAGAAGUCAGAAGCAUCUCUGAUUCAUUAGGGGCAUCAUCUGGCACCAUUAGGCGUGCUACCAGUGAAGAGAAAACUUUAAAACUGUAAUUCGAUUGCAUAGACAUGCUAUAUUAGAGACUAAUAUGAAAAUAAACUAUGACCUAUCUCCAGGGUCUUUUAUGUUAGCAUAUCUUAUCUGAGUAAAGGCUUGACAAUGGCAUACAUACAUUGU